CAGCAAGCUAGGUCAAGGUAAAAUAGGAUUUUAAUUCUAUUAGUGGUCACGACUAUUGAAGAUUAAAAUGAAGACGGGUGUGCAGUCUGUCAUACUUUCUCUAUUGAUGAUAUCAGGAGUCAAAUUUUGCCGAUCACAAGAUCCCAUGGAUGACAUUGAAACUGCUUGUGGAUAUGUUGAAAUAAGACCAAACGCAUUUAUGUUUUGGCUUCUGUAUUAUCAAGACGAAUCAUUUGCACCUGAUUAUCUUACCCCGUUAAACGAAGUACCCGUUGUGGUUUGGUUACAGGGCGGACCGGGAGCAUCUUCUACUGGAUAUGGUAAUUUUGAGGAACUUGGGCCGCUUUAUUUAAACCUGACUCGAAGACCAACAUCAUGGACUGGAUUAGGUCAUGUCUUAUUUAUUGACAAUCCGGUUGGAAGCGGUUACAGCUAUGUUAGGGAAGGUGGAACAUAUGCUACAAAUAUCGACGAAGUAGGAGUUGAUUUAGUUUCGUUGCUCAGAGGUUUCUACGCAGAAACUGGUCUACAGGAUAAUCCUCUGUACAUAUUCUGUGAAUCUUAUGGAGGAAAAAUGGCGGCAGUCUUCGGACGAGAAAUUGUAAAGGCAAUCAAUGCAGGAACAUUAGAAUCCAACUUCAAAGGCGUUGGUCUCGGCGAUGCAUGGAUUUCUCCAAUAGAUUCAGUAAUUACUUGGGCACCUUACCUGUACCAAGCAUCACUAUUGGAUAAACAUGGUUUCGAGCAAGUUCAAAGCUUUGCCGACGCAACACAACAAGCAGUAAACAAUGGAAAUUGGGAACGAGCAACCAAUCUGUGGUAUGCAACAGAAAUAGCGAUACUUGUAGCAGCCGACAAUGUCAAUUUUUACAACAUCCUAUACCCUCAUCACGCAGUAUCAACGGUCAAAUCAUUGAAAAACUCAACUUACUUCGGUUUGAAAGGAAAUGUUGGUCAUCUAUUUGAUCAUCAUGUUGCACCAUUUGCUGAGUAUUCCCUUGAUGAUCUGAUGAAUGGUUAUUUCAAGGAUUAUCUUGGAAUUAUUCCUGAAGACGUUAUUUGGGGCGGUCAAUCUGGAUUUGUCUGGGACGCAAUGACGGGAGACUUCAUGAAACCAACGAUUGAUAUUGUUGAUGCAAAUAUCGCCGAUGGAAUAAAAGUUGUUGUGUACAAUGGAAUGUUGGAUCUUAUUGUUGACACGCCAGGUCAGGAAUUAUGGCUUGCCAAACUACAAUGGGAUAAAACUGAGGAAUUUAAUAAUUCUAAAUGGAAACCAAGAUAUUAUACAGCAGGUGUUGACACUGGUGGAUUUUCAAAAGAAAUCGAUAACUUCUCAUUCUGGUGGGUUCUUGAUGCAGGACAUAUGGUACCUACAGACCAAGGAGAAUUCAUGUUGUAUUUACUUCACGAUACAAUCACCAAAUGAAAACAGUUAUAUUCCAUCACUGUUAUGACUAUCACUUAUACAUAAAACAAACACGAA